AUGGCCAGACGACCCAAGUCCCGUCGAUUCAUACCGUUCGUCCGUCUCCCACGGGAACUCCGCGACAUGAUAUGGGACAUGGCCAUCACGAACCGACAGGCUGAGCCGGAGAUACAAUUCUUCAGCCUGGGUCCCGAGCGCCAGCUCCUGACGAUAGACUGCCGGCAGACGGAGCGCUCGGCUCCGGGGCGCAAGCAGGACGAGCGUCUGGCGCCGCCGUCGUUCCAGUCCCGGCGCGGCCUCGCCGCGUCGGCGUGGCACAGCCCCAAGAACCCGUCUGGGUACCUCCUCGACUCUGCGCUGUGGAACGCGUGCUCGGAGUCGCGUCACGCCGUGGCCUUCCGGUACUUCCGGGUGCACCGUGGUCGGGGCACGUUUGGCAACUUCUUCCACGCGGUGACGCUGUCCGUUGCCGGCGGCAGCAGGCAGACGCGGUGGCCGCCGACGCGGUGGCCGCCGACGUCGUCGCCAUGGCCGUCUCGGUCGGACGAGACGGUCCUCAUCACGCUGAGACCCCAGCACGACCUGUUGGUCUUCCAGGUCGGGGACAUAGGACACUCGACACCCCCCGACGUCCUGGCCUACGCGACCGACAUGAGGAACUGGGGGUUCCGACGGCCCCUCCACAUCGGCAUCGAGUGCCAUCCGAGCUGGAUGCGCCUUCUGGACGCCGAGCCCUGGCGCCUGCCCGGUGGCCUGGGCUACUUCAUCAGGCAUAUCGAGCGCGCCUCGCACCUCGUCGCCGGCGCCGUCCUGUGGCUCGUCGACAACGACGUCCUCCGGCCCCUGAGGGACGCGCCGCGCAAGCACAUGCUGCGCGGCAGGGUCACCUUCCUGGCCAGAGGUUGGCGCUACGUCGAGGUCAGGUUGGACGACUUCGGCCACACCUGGACCUCCGCCCAGGGCAGGAGCUUCAGCGAGACCGGCUUGGGCUUCUGCCACGCCAUCCGCAUUCACCUUCACUGGCUGCAGAACCACCAUCACAGAGGUCAUGUCCUGAAUCUUCUCACGUGCAAGGUCCUCGGGAGGAUCAAGAUCUAA